AUGCAGGAUUACCAGCAGUCGACGAGCUGGGCCGCCUUCGGAUUAGUCUACUUAACGUUUUUCUUAGACAAUGUCCUCCUGACGGUGCUCGUGCCAAUAAUACCGGACUGGGUGCAAGGCGAGUCGCUGGCGCUGUGGACGGAGCACGGGGCGCCGCUCGCACACCUCCUUAACACCACCGUGCAGAAAAUUACUCAAGAUGAUACUGGCAGUGUAGGCACGUCACAAGCCAUCGUGGGCGCAGUGCUGGGCGCCAAGGCGGCGACGCAGCUGGCUGCGUCCCCGGCCGCUGCCGCGCUCACCGCGUCGCGCGGCCCGACCGUCGCGCUUAGGCUGGCCACUGCCUUGCUAGCUACUUCUGCAUUAGUGUUCGGGUGGUGCGCUGGGCGGGGUGGGGCGGGCGGGGGUGGUGCGAUCUGCGCGGGCGCAGGGCGGGCGACGCAGGGCGGCGGCGCGGCGCUGGGCGGCGUGGCCGGACUCGCGCUGGCGGCGCGCGCGCUGCCACCUGCCCGCAGGGAUCGUGCGCUGGGUGCUUUGUUGGGGGCUGUGGCACUUGGAGUUUUAGUGGGAUAUCCAUUCGGAGGAGCCGCAUACAAAUUAUGGAGUCCGGCCGCGCCCUUCCAGCUGAUAGCUGCCGCACUGUUGAUUAACCUUGGUAUGCAGUACUUACUCCUCAACAAAGAAGAAUUUAUUACGGCAAGUAUACAAAAUAAUAUAGCGAUAGCCGAUAGAUACUUCAUUAUAAUUUUGCCCUUAUUUGAAGACGCGGGCAACGUUGAGGAUGUGAGCGUGGGAGUGGGGGUGGGCGUGGGCGUGGGCGUGGGCGUGGGCGAGAGUGCACUAGAUGGUCUGCGCGGCAUGAGGCGCGAGGCGCGCGGGGCGGCCGGCGCGAGCGCGGGCGCCGUGCUGCUCACCACCAGCGUGAUGGCCGCGCUUGAGCCCUGCCUGCCGCUGUGGAUCAUGCACAGGUUUCAUCCUGAGCGUUGGGCCCUGGGUGCGGUGUUUCUGCCGGACAGCGUGGGCUAUCUGGUGGCGACGAGCGCGUUGGGCGCGGCGGCGCCGCGGCUCGGGCCCGAGCGCGUGGCCGUCACCGCCGUGCUGGUCGUCGGUCUCGCCGCGCUCGCGCUGCCGCACGCACCCUCUGUGGGGUGGGUGUCGGUUCCGCAGACGGCGCUGGGCGUGGGACUGGGCGCGGCGGACGCGGCACUAGUGCCGGCCGCGCUGCGCCGCGCGCGCCGUCUCCCGCACCGCGCCGCGCUGCUGCAGGCCGCCUCCAGUGCUGCGUAUGCUAUCGGGCCGGUGGUGGGCGGUGUGGGUUCGUGGUGGGCUGGCUUCGACAGCGCUCUGCGCGCGCUCGGAGUCGCUAACCUGCUGUACGCCAUCUACCUCUACCGCGCGCUCUCGCGGCACCCGCUCUCCGAACAGUGGGGUGCGACGUCGGACGACGACAGCGACGACGGUGAGGAGAUGACACCCCUGGGACCAGACAAGCACGCGCUGAGA